CGGCGGCGGAGGCGGCUCCAGCAGCGUCGCCGGCGGCCGCGGCAGAAGCGCCCUGGCUCGCGGCAGGAAGAAGAAGAAAAAGAAGAAGCCCUCAGCCUGCCAAGACAAUCCGGACGAGCUUUGCCCACUGCGUUGCUGCCGACGACACCUCUGCCCCGCAUCUGAAAUGCGACUCGACCAUCAGUUGCUGCUUUUGCACUAGCACCAGGCGUUCUGGAUUCUGUUGACUUGUGGCUGAGGAGAGGCUGGUCUGGCUGUUGUCCCGAGCGUAUGAACCGGUGUGAUGGUGAAAUGAGAUGAGGCUCCGAAAUGGAACUGUGGCCACGGUGUUAGCGUUUGUCACCUCGUUCCUUACUCUGUCCUGGUAUACCACAUGGCAAAAUGGGAAAGAAAAACUCAUUGCUUAUCAACGAGAAUUUCUUGCUUUAAAAGAGCGUCUUCGCAUAGCUGAACAUAGGAUAUCUCAGCGCUCCUCUGAGUUGAACACCAUUGUCCAGCAGUUUCGCCGCGUAGGAGCAGUAACUAAUGGAAGUAAGGCUGCACUGAAUACGUUCUCAGAUAAUACCAUAAAGCUACUAAAGGAGUUGACAAGCAAAAAAUCCCUUCAAGUGCCAAGCAUUUAUUAUCAUUUGCCUCAUUUAUUGCAAAAUGAAGGAAGUCUUCAGCCUGCAGUACAGAUUGGCAAUGGAAGAACGGGAGUUUCAAUAGUAAUGGGAAUUCCUACCGUGAAGAGAGAAGUUAAAUCUUACCUCAUAGAAACCCUUCAUUCCCUUAUUGAUAAUCUGUAUCCUGAAGAGAAGCUGGACUGCGUUAUAGUUGUCUUCAUUGGAGAGACAGAUCUUGAUUAUGUUAACAGCGUUAUAGCGAACCUGGAGAAAGAAUUUUCUAAAGAACUUAGUUCUGGCCUGCUGGAAAUAAUCUCCCCUCCUGAAAGCUAUUACCCUGACUUGACAAACCUGAAGGAGACGUUUGGAGACUCCAAGGAAAGAGUAAGAUGGAGAACCAAGCAAAACCUGGAUUAUUGCUUUCUAAUGAUGUAUGCUCAGGAGAAGGGCAUCUAUUACAUUCAGCUUGAAGAUGAUAUUAUUGUGAAACAAAACUAUUUUAAUACCAUAAAAAAUUUUGCACUUCAACUCUCUUCUGAAGAAUGGAUGAUUCUAGAGUUUUCUCAGCUUGGCUUCAUUGGAAAAAUGUUCCAAGCGCCAGAUCUUACUCUGAUUGUGGAGUUCAUCUUUAUGUUUUAUAAGGAGAAACCCAUUGACUGGCUCUUGGACCACAUUCUCUGGGUGAAAGUCUGCAACCCCGAAAAAGAUGCCAAACAUUGUGACAGACAGAAGGCAAAUCUACGAAUCCGCUUCCGACCGUCCCUCUUCCAGCAUGUGGGUCUGCAUUCCUCACUGUCCGGGAAAAUUCAGAAACUCACGGAUAAAGAUUACAUGAAACCAUUGCUUCUCAAGAUCCAUGUGAACCCACCCGCAGAGGUCUCCACUUCCAUGAAGGUGUACCAAGGACAUACACUGGAGAAGACUUACAUGGGCGAGGACUUCUUCUGGGCCAUCACCCCCACAGCUGGAGACUACAUCUUGUUUAAAUUCGACAAACCAGUCAAUGUAGAAAGCUAUUUGUUCCAUAGUGGCAAUCAAGAACACCCAGGAGACAUCCUGCUCAACACAACCGUGGAGGUUCUGCCCCUUAAGAGCGACAAUUUGGAAAUCAGCAAAGAAACCAAAGAUAAACGAUUAGAAGAUGGCUAUUUCAGAAUAGGAAAAUUUGAGUAUGGCGUUGCAGAGGGAAUCGUGGACCCUAGUCUAAAUCCUAUUUCAGCCUUUCGACUCUCAGUUAUUCACAAUUCUGCUGUUUGGGCCAUUCUUAAUGAGAUUCAUAUUAAAAAAGUCGCCAAUUGAUCUAAGAAACCAACACAUCCUUUCCUGUGACUCUGUCGAUUAAAGAUAGUUAGCACGUCCUUUUCUGUUUGGACUCGAACACUACCUCUCGUGAAGCCUACUGUAGAUAAGAUGAUUGUCAUUUCCACUCAGACAGGGGCUCUUCCCAUGGAUAACUGCAUUCAUUUGAAACUAAGCUGUCCUCCACUUUGAACUUGACACAAGCGUUUUACAAUUCUGACAGCCUGUUGAUGCGACUGGGGCUAUUUUGGUAUUAUACUAAUACAUAAGAGUUGUACAUAUUGUUACAUUCCUUAAAAUUUGAGAAAACUAAUGUUAAAUACAUUUUGUGGAGGGGGUA